GAGGAAAAAACACUGAGCAUAUGUCAUCUGUAUCUCUAUGCUAGCCACUUAAAAUAAUUUGAAGUAAGUUUACUUGUUGACACACACUUACGUGGACUGUGUUCGUGUCCUCUACGGUUCUGCUGCAUCCAAGUGAAAUUAGUGACAAUGUUGUCCCCUCUAGUGGAGGGAAAUGGCAUUGCAUCCAGCAGCAGUCACAUCCCAUGUUGCUGCCCAAGACGUCUUGAUUUCUGAAGCCAUUCGUGAUUAAAGUGAUGAAUCUUUUACAAGGCAAUGAGCUGAUGUCUACCAUAAAGACUGUAUAUUUUAAAAGUGCUCUCUCACCCUGCUGAUGCAAAUAGAGCAUUAUACCCAGACCAAAAAAGAUUCUACUGGACUGAACGGAAAUUCUGAAAUAUAGGAAUUUUAGCUUUGCUUCUAAGAAAAUUCUUCUUUGACUGGUUCCAAAUCAUCAUAGAUCUUCAUGAUUGCACUCCUUUUAAAAUCCUUGAGUAAGAAGUGGAACAAUGUGCAGUUUUCCAUUCCAAGCUUUCAAUAUUCCAUACUUCUUCUCAAAGGCCUGUUUUAAUGAGUCAGAUUCAAAUAAAGGUUUUAAUGUGGAUGGAAUGUGCUGUAGUAAUCCCCUGACAUAAUCUGUUUUUGAGCCUACCUCUCCCUCUCUCUCUCUCUUCUCUUUCUUUCUUUCUUGCACCAAACACAUGAUUCAGAUCAAGUCCCCUUUUGAGGCUAGAUAAACGCACAGAAGAAGUACAAUCUGGGCCAAAGUUCAACUUCACGCUGUUCCCAGUCCGGUAUCUAUGCGAGUCACCAUUUUUUUAACAAAAAAAUGUGAUGGACUUUGCUUGCUCUUUUGCAAGGCUUCCUGCCAGAUCAGGAAUAAAAACUGCACUGUUAUAGGGCGUUCUUUCACACUGUAAAACUUCUCUUCAGGACAUCGCAAACAAACCAGACAAUGUUGCUGCAUCCCUCAGUCUUUGUCCUUGUUGCCUUCCUUUGGAGUGUCCCGCCCCUUUCCCUGGCUGGGAAGAUCCUGGUGUACCCAGUGGAUGGAAGCCACUGGCUUAACAUGGACAUUUUGCUACGAGAGCUUCAUCAGCGAGGUCACAAACUGACAGUUGUCCGUUCUGCCAACAGCUGGUACAUCCCAGAGAACACCACCCACUAUACACCCAUCACCAUCAGUGCCGAUCAUCUCUCCAGCCUGGAGGACCCAGAGUACAUGGCGUCCUUUCUAAAGAGAAACAUUGAGAUUCAGAGAGGGGAAGGAUCUGUUUGGUCAUUCAUAGCACUGCAGAAAGAAGUAAUUAUUCUUUUAGAAGAGUCUCACAAGUCUUCUGCUGAGAUGGUGAAGACCAUUCUAGAGGAUAAAAAGCUUGUUAAAACACUUAAAGAGUCCAAGUAUGAUUUGAUGCUAACCGAUCCUGGUUUUGCAGGAGGGGUCAUAUUGGGCACGUACUUGGGUUUACCAAUGGUAUACAAUGUACGAUGGAUAACAAAUGCAGAAGGGCACUUUGCAAUUGCACCCUCACCGCUUUCUUACAUCCCAACUAUUGGAUCUAGGGUGACAGAUAAAAUGAGCUUUGCAAAUAAAAUGAAAAAUAUCUUGCAUUAUGGAAUCGGCCAAUACAUAGACCGCUUGAUCGCAAGGCCUCUUUAUCAAGGAGUUAUCGGCGAACACAUAGAUCCAAACACCAAUGUGUACUCUCUGAUCCAAGGAGCAGAUCUGUGGCUCAUGAGAGUCGAUUUUGUAUUCGAGUUUCCUCGCCCUACUAUGCCCAAUGUGGUCUACAUUGGAGGCUUCCAGUGCAAACCAUCCAAACCACUACCAGAUGAAUUGGAGAAGUUUGUCGAGAGUUCUGGAGAGCACGGAGUGGUGAUAAUGUCUUUGGGUACUCUGCUUGGAAGUCUGAUUCCUGACGUAUCCGAAGUCGUAGCCUCCGCCUUUGCUCGCUUGCCACAAAAGGUGAUUUGGAGGCACGUAGGAGAAAAGCCAUCUACGUUGGGGAACAAUACACUGAUAGUGGACUGGCUGCCUCAAAACGACCUCUUAGGCCAUCCUAAAACUAAAGCUUUCGUCACUCACGGAGGAACGAAUGGAAUCUACGAGGCUAUUUACCACGGCGUUCCGAUGCUUGGACUCCCGCUCAUCUUCGACCAAUUUGACAACAUGAUUCGCCUGGAAGCCCGAGGGGUGGCUCAAAUGCUUGACGUCGCAGCCUUGGAUGUAGAUACCCUAACACAAGCCCUAAGGGACAUACUGGAUGAAAAUCAACCCUACCAGAAGAACAUGCGCAGAAUGUCAAGCCUACAUCGUGACACUCCACUCAAGCCAAUGGACAGUGCCAUCUUUUGGCUGGAGUUUGUCAUGAGGCAUAGGGGUGCGGAGCACUUACGCACCGAGUCCUACAGACUUCCUUGGUAUUCCUACUACUGCGUAGAUGUGUUAAUGCUGAUAAUGAGUUUGUUUACAGCAGUCAGUGUGCUCUUGAUCUUGAUGAGCAGGGCAUUGUUGAAAGUUUUGCUCAAGAAAAGAAAAUCCAAAAAAGAGUGAAGUCAAGUCUUUGGUAACACUAGUUUUUUGCUAAAGGCUAAUAUCAUUAAUGGUGCUCUAUGCACCAAUUCCAGUGUGGAAAGGUUUGGUUAGUUAGCAUGUCCCUGUUUAACCCUUCUGGUAGAUGUUGUAACUACUCCAUCUGGUAAAAAUAUUUUUUUCCAUUGAUAAUUUGACAAGCAACAUUUAAAACGCUAAUAUACUGAUGUAUUAAAGUAGACCUUUUAUAAACACUUGGGACUGUGGACAUUCUUUUGGCGCCAUCAGCCAAUCAGUGUUGUUCACAGUGAGCAAACAAACCAAAUGUAGAUUCAGAUGAUUGGCUAAAAUCCAGGCAGCAUAAGCAAGUGCCAUGGAGAUAAAUAUAAAUGCUGUUGGAUAACUUCUUUGAGGCGAGAUUAUAUCACAUUAUAUAUUUUUGCAGGAUUGCAGUCUCUAAACAACUUUCCCAAAACUUCCCCCUAUCUUUUGGUUAAGAAUGUUACUAGGUCAGGCAGUUCAGGAAAACAAGCCAAUGUUUUGAGAAUGCCACAGAUCAAGCAUUUGUAGUUAUUUGGAAAAGAUGUUCUUGAAAUUUGAAGUUUCAGUGUACAUAAAAUUGCACACAUCAUACAAAUACAUUUGGUCAAGUAAUGUGUUGCUAACAGGAUAUUUGUAAGUUUUUAAGAAAGCAACUGCAAGAGAUUGUAUUUUUCUGUUUGUUUUAUUGAUUUGUACAGACAUUGAAUGAACCAGCUUUCUAUUUUGCACGUAAAUAUUUCACUUAACACAACCACCGGCAUGGUCAACAAAAAUUAAAUUAUUCAUAAUGUGACAGAUGGCCGAUGAUGCCGAAUGUCUCCUACAUUUUGGAAUGGUGUAUUACUAUACAGAAUAUGGUUACAAUAGGUCAAAUACUUGAGAGAGAGUAAAAAAUAAAGUGCUCCGUCUUCA